GGAAAAAAGAAAUAUUUCAAACGCAGCGAGUUAGCUAAAAAAGAGGAGGAGGCCUACUUCCAGAGAUGCGGCAACAAGCCUGUAAAUGAGAAGCCACCUGGAGAGGUGCAGCAGCAAGAGGAGGAGGAGAAACCAGUGACUUCAUCAAAUCCAGUGCUGGAACUGGAACUGGCGGAAGAGAAGUUACCAAUGACCCUUUCCAGACAGGAGGUUAUCAGGAGGUUACGAGAGAGGGCUGAGCCCAUCAGGCUGUUUGGAGAAACAGAUUAUGAUGCCUUUCAACGUCUGAGGAAGAUAGAAAUUCUUGCCCCUGAAGUGAACAAGGGCCUGAGAAAUGACCUAAAGGCUGCUUUGGAUAAGAUUGACCAGCAGUAUCUGAAUGAAAUUGUAGGAGGUCAGGAAGCAGGAGAAGAUGACUCACAGAAUGACUUGAAAGUCCAUGAGGAGAAUACAACUAUUGAAGAACUAGAGGCUUUGGGAGAAUCCUUAGGGCAGGGUGAUGAUCACUAUGAUAUGGACAUCAUAACAAAGUUCUUGAAGUUUCUCCUUGGAGUUUGGGCCAAGGAGCUGAACGCCAGAGAAGACUACGUGAAGCGGGGAGUUCAGGGGAAGCUGAGCAGUGCCACGCAAAAGCAGACAGAGUCGUACCUGAGGCCACUUUUCAGAAAACUUCGGAAAAGGACGCUUCCUGCAGACAUCAAAGAAUCGAUAACAGAUAUUAUAAAAUUCAUGUUGCAGCGAGAAUAUGUGAAG